GAAUUGUUUAUUUACAGUGCAGGUCUAUUCCCAUUGCUUGGACACGCAGCAAUGAACGUGAGGCCAUCUUUGCUCACUGUCUAUGAAACUCAUUUUGUACCACUCGGAGAGAGAUUGUGUCCUGCUCUCAGUGGCUUUCUGAGUGGUGUUCUUCCAGGCUUAGAGGAAGGAUCAGAUCACUUUGACAGAACCAACAGUCUCUUAGAAAAAGUUUGUGAUGGUGUUGGUGCUGCUCAUUUUUAUACUUGCCUGUGGGACUGCCUAUCAAGUAACUCAAUCAUAAGACUCCCAGCAAUUUGUUUCAUCCUGGCCCACUUCAAUAGAAAGCUCAGUACAGAAGAUCAGCUUCACAUAAUGGGUACUGAUAUAGAAGUUAUGGUCCAAGGGCUUUGCACUGCAGUGCAGGACUCCAGUGUCCUUGUACAGAGAAGUGCCCUUGAUCUCCUCCUCGUGGGGUUUCCCCUUCACAACAGCCAAUUAGUCAGAUCAGAUAUGGUACGUCUGGUCACUGCAUCGCUGAAUACUAUCCUACGCCGUGACAUGUCUCUGAAUAGGCGGUUAUUUGCAUGGCUCCUUGGAUCUGAAGUAAAUUUCUCUCUUUUGAGUCCUGAUCAUCCUUUGAUCAAAUCCCCUUCAGUGUCAUAUUUUCAACUCUUUUCUCAAGAAAUGUUGGUACAGGCUAUUCGCACAUCUCUAAAUCAAGUUUUGGCAGAAGCUAAUCAUGACCUCAAGCCUUUCCGAAUUUUAGUGUCUCUGCUAGAUAAACCUGAGAUUGGGCCAAUGAUUCUCGACUUCAUUUUGUAUGAAGUUUUCAGGACGUUGUAUCUAGCAUCAGCCGAAAAACAGGGUGCUGAAGGAAGAAUGAAGGAUCUCCAUCGAAACCUAACUCAACCCACAAAUAACCAAGAGCUCUUUAAAUCAGUUAAUCUGCUCUUCAGCUCUUUGGAACCAGCAUACAUAUGGCAAUAUGCGGGCUCCCUUAUUGAAAAAGCUUGUAUCAUGCAUCAUGAUUCAAUGUUGACUGGUCAAGAUAUUCAUGAGAAUGUUGAGUCUGUUAGACCAGUUGGCUCAGGUCAACCUUGUCUUGUUGAGGUCUGCCAACUAAUAAGUUGUUUAUUGGACGCUGUUCCUUUAGAAUCAUACAUUGACACAACAUUAGAGCAUUUACCAAAUUUAUUUUUGCUCAUUGUAAAUCAAAUGGUUUUACCUGAUAUUCUUUACACUCCCCAUCAGUUGGUUACGUGCCUCCAGCUCUGCUCCAAAGUUUUGUCUCGAGUCCAGCCUCAGCCAACAACCUCUAAAUGUAACGGUUUUACUGAUUCAGUACGCCCACGGGCUAAAACUGUAUCAUUCAGUCAAAGACGAAAUAGUGAUAGCAGUCAAACCCUAAUUCUGGAGGGUAAUGUGGACCGGCUGAAGGAUCUGUCUCUCAGCGAUCAUCAUUUAGAGUCGGAUGUCAACCUAAAAAUGGAAAUGUCGACUCGAAGCAUCAGUGUCGGAGCCCGACUGGAAGCAGAGCAAUCUACUAGCGAUGACAUUUGUAACAUUAAAAAAAUGACUGACUGCACAGCUGAGCCGAAAAUUGACAGUCAAUGCUUUACACCCAAUCUUAUUCUGGAUGAAUGUCGUAAGCGAUAUGAAGAGCUGUUUGUUCUGUUAGUUUCAAGCAACAGAAUAAUAAACUGGCAAUCUCAUGAGUUCUCAAAACUCUUUGAAUGUUUAAUGAUUGCAUCAUGUUCUGAAGUAGAAAGAAAUGAUACCUCUGGCCUAGAAAUAUUAUUGAAAGCUUGUAUUACAAAUACUGAGCCAGAGUUUGAUACAAACCAAGCUCUACUGAAGAACCCAAUUAAAAUACCUAAAUCCAAUUGUUGGAGGGAAACAGGAGUAUUGGACAUGUCAGUACAGCUUGAAGCUCAGUCAACAGAGUGGGAGGAUGUGUUUUGUGCUGCCUGCACUCUUCUCGUUGAUUUGUCUACAUUUCCAUCUUAUUGCCAGCCACUUGAAACAUUUCCACAACCGACACCAACUGAAAUGCCACCCUGGUUGCAACUGCUCACAGUUUGUUGCUGCUGGCUUGGCCAGUCACCCUCAAUGCAGCUUGCUGCUAUUUCAACUUUGUUAGACCUGAUUGCUGUAACAUCCAAAAAUAUUCCUCAUCAGAUUUCAAGCUCUGAAAACAGUGUAGUAACUCCUGUUGUAUUGACACCUUUACUUAUGCAAAAUGAAGUACAAACUUUGGAGAACUGCACAUGUGCCAUGCAGGUGAUAGCACACUGGUUAUGGCGUCAUUUGAGCAAUGGUGGGGCUCUUGAGGCUCGCUCUGUUGCACUCCUGCAGCAGCUGCACGACACAGUGAUUACAGACGAUAUUGUGGAAGCAACAAUUGGAGAGUUCAUCAGUCAGGAAGAUGAUGAAGCUCAGUUAAGAGGAUUUCAAACUUUUGCUACAUUUUGGCAUGCUUCAAGAGUAAUGUGUAAUAAGAGCAAACGGCCAUUUUUAAAGUCACUUUUGAGAAUGCUUGAUAAUCUUGCCCUUCCUGACAGUAGUCCAUUAAAGCUCACAGCUCAGAGUUGGCUUCUUCACACUCUAAUGCGAGGCGAUGUUCCUCGUCUUCUGGAUCCAUUACUUCUACCUCUACUUGCACCCACAACAGCUCGGGUUUCAGUGCUCCGUGUAUCAAUACAGCAUAGAAGUACUGUGCUGCCCAAUGAAGCUGAUAAAGCAGAGUCAAGAAUUUUUGCUAUCAGUUCUGAAGAUGGCAAUGUUAUCUACCAUGUUACUCCAGUGCAGUCUUCAGAUCAGAAGCAAAGUGAUUCAGUCAGAGCAAGACGAAUUUUUACAGUUGCAACACUAGUAAGGCACUGCACCUAUGAAAGGGAUGUGGCGAGCUUUGAGUACUGUCCUUCAAGUCUUAUGUCUUGGGCAAUACCAUCUGCUCUUACUGGAAACUACACUGUGACCAGCAAUGAUGGUGAUAGCUCCACGAGCAUGAGCAGCAAUGCUAGUGACAGCUCUAGCUCUUUAGUGACUGGAAGUGCUAGUUUAAGUGAAGAUGUGUCAAAGAACAUGGGUACCACAAUUUUGAAUGCAAGGUCUCCAGUCAAUCCCAGCGGAGACUCGAUUUCAUUGCCUAAUGUUGUAGUAAGAGUUGAUGGUCGGCUUGUUGUGGAAAACCCUGUUUUAAAGAGUCUCAGUAGUGGAUUUGAAGAGGGAGAUGAAGAUGACUUCUCUGAUAAAGUAUCCAACUAUCCAACCAGAGUUAAUACCCCAGUGAUGUCCACUGCCGAAAACGAGUUGGAGGAAUCAAUUUCUGCUGAAGAUUAUUUUAGUAGGACUGGAUCCCAGUCGAGACCUCGAUCUCGGGCAGAAUCUUCUGUUCUCUCUUCUUCAUCAGGGUUGGCCAAGUGCAGCCUAGAUACACUUACCUUGGAGGCAAAAUCAACUUUUGUGGGCAAGCAAAGGUUGUCUUCAGACCUGCAAUCUCAUUUAGCUUUACAUCCACUUCAUUCGCAUAUGUUGCUCUAUUGUGGAGUGUAUGAUUCAGCUCGUACCCUUUAUUCUCUGCGUACUCUUCGAAAUGCCCUAUCAACAAACCCUAGGACAUUUUUGUCGUGUGCUGCAACAACUGGUGUUGCUCGAUCAUCUUCAGAUCUGUUGAAUUUGUUAGCCAGACAUAGAAAAUCUGCUUCUGGAAAUAAUUUCCAUGGUGAUCUUGCAAACGGUAUUGGUGGCAGUGGGCGCAGUCACAUGUAUUUAGAGGUUCUUAUUCUCACAUGCCUGUAUUACAUUCGUAGUUAUUACCCUAGCCUUGGGCAAAUGAGACUGACCAAACAGGAAAUUGAAGGCAACCAACAGGUUCAAGUUGCAAGUCUGGAGCUGCUUACUUUAAUAUUUUCAGAACUGACAAGUAUUAUUCGUGAUAGCGGCAAAGGCCUUGCUAACUACAUCGGAGAUCUUUUGUCACGGUGCAAAGUUCAGAAAGUAGUGUUACACUGCCUUGUUGCAAGUGUACAUGAUAGUGCCACAACAAACAAUGCACAUCCAAACCUGACGUUCACCGAGGAAAUAAUUCAAUUCAAUGAUCCCAGUCGACCUGCUGGGGAAAAUCCCAUCAUGUCUCCUCUAGGGGAAGCAUACCAAAUUCAACUCUUAAGACUUUUACUAGCUCUGCUUAUCUUAGAGCAUCAGAUUCAACAUCAAAAAUGUGAAGUUAUUGUUCAACAGAACACUCAGAGUUCAGCUCCAGUGUCAUCAAGCAGCCCUAAUUCAUUUAAUGGUGGGGAUGUCUCAAUUUCGGUAUCACAAAAGAACUCUGAAUUAAAGUAUAUGCUAGGACGACCAAUACCACAGCAACCAAUGUUUGUAGGAGCAAUUUUAAGUGCUCUUCGUAUGCAGGGUCAGAUGAGGUGGCUACAUCAACACUGGACCACACUGGUAACAUGCUCUUUGCCAUUCAUGGGACAGUCACUGGCACAUGUUGUUCUAUGCGUUGUACGACAACUAUGUGACAAUUUACGCGCCCUUGCCCCUCUUUAUGCCAACACCUUGUCAACAAAGGAACGAAGAAAUUUCCAUCUUCCAGCGGAUUACACUGUCACUCAACUGGAGGGUCUUACAAUUCUCUGCCAUUAUUGUUUAUUGGAUCGAAGUCAACAGCAUGCCCUCAAUCAACCAUUGCUGUCUGCUAGUGCUGGAGGAUCAUUGUUUGCCUCAAGCCAUGGGGUUAAUGGAGUUGGACCACCUUCCCAUGCAGCACAAAUAUUUAGCAAUCUAGUCCAUGUUUUCAUGACAACCCCAAUCCAUCAAGACGCAGCUCAAGACAAUGUAGAACCUCAGCUUGCAGCUCGCCGAGCAUUAUUAUACAACCUUCCCCAGAUUAUUUCCAGCACAGCCACUCUUUGGAAAGCUGUGACAACAUGCUCAGAAAAAGAUGCGGAAGGAUGCACAACUGCAGGGAAUGCAAGGGUCAUAAGACACCAUUUAUUGGAGUUUUUGAGCCCUAUAUCAAUGCAUCAUGCUACAAACUUCCUGGCAGCCAUUGCAGUUGUAUGGCAAGACCGCCGUCAAAGUUUAUCUGAUCUCUCUGCCCAAAUUACUGCGGCUCCUGAGGUUGUGCCUGAGCAGCAGGUGCUGGUUGAUCUGAUCAGUGCCAUCAGAGCAAUGCCAGUCGACACUUUGGUUCAGACAUUGCACCAAUUGGUGAAAUCACCACCCUCAGUACAUGGAACCAACCAUUCUGUAUGUCUAGAAGUGAGUGCACUAGAACUUCUUCUCUGCUACUUGCGACAAGGUAGUAGCCCACCAUUACUCUUGGCUGAGCUUCAAUGGCUCAAUACAGCAUUCAAGCACAGACAGUUUUAGCUGAACAAUUAGCUUCACUUUUGGAUGUCACAUUUGGAAGUCAAGAGAAAGAAAAAGUUGUAAACAUUUUGACAGCCUUGUUGUACAACAUUAUUCCUUACCUACGCAAUCAUUCUCCAAGAAAUGCAGCUAGCUUUUAUGCAUGUUCAGAGCUGUUGGCCAAUCUCACAGCUUUUCAAUAUACUCGUAAGUCAUGGCGCCGAGACGUGUUAGACCUGCUCUUGGAAGCCUCUCUUUUCCAAAUGGAAGCAAGAGCAUUGCCACAUUGGCGAUGCAUCAUUGAUCAUCUCAUGUCACAUGAUACUACUACUUUUCGAGACCUCAUGAGUCGUGUUUCGUUAGGCCAGGGAAAUUCUCUAAGUCUCUUUUCAAGUCGAGAGCAAGAAUAUGAACAACGAGCGCAUCUUCUGAAAAGAUUAGCUUUUGUGAUUUUGUGUGGUGAAAUGGAUCAGUAUCAAAAGUACAUGCCAGAGAUUCAAGAGAAACUUGCUGAAAGCCUUCGCCUGCCUCAAGUUGUGCCCGCUGUGCAGGCCAAUGUUUUCCUCUGCUUCCGAGUUCUCUUGCUGCGCAUGUCUCCUCACCACGUGACGUCGCUGUGGCCUGUCAUUAUUAGCGAAAUGGUUCAAGUGUUCCUCCAAAUGGAACAGGAGCUUAGUACUGAAUCAGAAGAAUUCAGACAGUGCAAUAGUUCUUAUAUUCGACUGGUCUCUGGUCUUGAUUUGGCAUGGGUGUCUGACCGUAGCAAUGGACUUCAUGCACGCGGCCACCCACACUGGCUCCAACUUCAACUUGCAGCAGCUCAUUUACUCCAUUUAGCAUUGCAACUACCAGCUCAUAGACUUCCCCAAUUUCAAAUGUAUCGUUGGGCAUUUGUGGGUUCUUCAGAAGUGUCCAGCCUCAACAACAAUAAUGCAAGCGUCAUGGGAUGCAUCAGCUCAUCCUCUCCACCUGCAUCCGACGACGAUUCAGGGCGCUCUUUGCAAUUUAUUCCUCAUGUUUCCAGGAUAGCACGACUCAUGGAUUCUAAGUAUGAAGGUCCCGUCGAGCUUCCUGUUGGAAGUGCGUUAUUGCCAGCGACGCAAAUGGUCCGCUGUCUUCAAGAGCUCCAUCCGUUUUUCUCCAUUUUGAGCUCUACAGGUGGACAUGCUGUCAGUGGUACUGCAGAAACACCACAGGUGCUUUCAAAUUUAGAAAAAGCUAUUGAAAUGGACUUUCUUGAACCCAUGCUUUCCCGUUAAAAGGCUAAUUUGUUUAUACUCCUGGUCAAUGAGAGCUGUUCUAUUCAGCAACAAAGGUCAAUUAUAGUUUAGUGCACUUUUCGUGAUACAGAGAGUGAAUUGCUUUUAAUUAAAUAAAGUAAAGCAUUAAUAUUUCUUGUGCCAUGUGAUGUGACAGCUAAGACAAUGUGUUUAGGAGGAGAAGACUGCCUGAGCUGUUUUAACCUGAUGGCCUGAGACAAGCUAGAUGUAGGAAGAACUAAACUUUAUCAUGGCUUCUAUAUCUCUCUAAUUUUAUAACUGCUUAGAGUAUGUACCAUUUAAUUGUACCUAGAAGUUACAUUUACAUUUUUUGUUCAAGAGGUUUUCCUUCCUCAUUUGUGCUAUGGCUGUGCUAUAUAAUGUUAAAUUAUCACUUAUUACCUGCAGGGUCUGGCUUAUGGUCACUACCACAGAAAUCAGUUACUUAAAUAACUGAAGAUGUGAUUAUUAUUAUCAUUGAACGAAAAGACUCAGACAAAGUAAAUAUUCGCAUCUAUAAAAUACAAAACAAACAAAAAUCAAGUUAUUCCUUAUGUUUUCAGUUCGUUUAGUCUUAGUGACAUCUAGUCAGAUGUAUUUUAUUGUUUAAAGAUUGUCUUUGACACUCCUGUAAGUCCAAUAUGCAAUAGAUAUCGCAAAAUGUCCCCACCCAACUUUGAUUCUAACACUGCUUUACAUUUAUUUACAUUUUUUAUUUUUUAUUAGUGACUCAUGUCGCGUGCGGGGUAAAGGUAGCUACACUCAACGGUCCGCUCUGUGCUAUAUAAGGUGGUCCACAGACCCCUUCCUUCACUUUCCUUAUACUGUACCGCAUGCAGGCAUGCGGACGGGCUUGCCUCUCACCCCGGCGUCUCAUGGCUCCUUGUGAGUAUGCAACCCGGCUGCACGCCUGCAUCAGGUACAGUAUAGGCAAUAUAAGGGAAGGGGUCUGCCGACCACCCUGUAUGGAGAGAGAGAAGGGGGAGCAGACAUUUCCCUCUGGUGGAGACAGUUUUGGGAACUGUCUAAAAACAAAACAGCAAUCAUAGAAAUGUACAGUUCGAGUUAGUAGAGCCAUUUCCCUUGCACACUUUUGAUCAGAAUCUCCAUUUCGUUUUUGUAUCAUUAUACCCCUUCCCUCCCUUCACUUUGUCACAUUUUUCUCUUAAAAAAACCCACACAGAUUUCAAAUGUUCGAGGUUGGAUACUGUAGUAUCCUGUCUCAAGAAGAGAAUUUUUUUUUUCUGCUGGAUGGGUCACUAGUUCAGACAUUCUUUGGGGGUGAUCAAGCCAGUCCUCAAGGAAUCAGUUUAAUGGCUUACUUCAAUCUAUUGUGAACUAUUUAUGUUAAAUCUGGGAAAAUUUAUUAUUGUUAUUAAUUAUUUUAUGUAUAGAGAAGAAAAAAUAAAUUGUGUUUUUUUUUUCUGGAGGCAGACCAUA